GUUAGUGCGUGUGAGAGCGGGUACUGUGAACUGCUUUACUAUGCUGUAGCCCAAUAACCACACAUUCGGAAUCAAAACGUGCAACUUAGAUUGAUUUUAUCUUGUUUACAAAGAUAAGUGAACCAAGAGAAGCUGAGGAGUGAAAGCGAGCCUCAUGAGUUGGCCUGGUGGAUCUCAGCGACGUUAUGGAUUUGACUAAAAUGGGUAUGAUCCAACUACAGAACCCUAAUCACCCCACAGCCCUGCUGCAGAAGGCCAACCAGAUGCGUCUGGCAGGGACCCUCUGCGAUGUUGUCAUUAUGGUGGACAGCCAGGAGUUUCAUGCUCACCGGACUGUGCUAGCCUGCACCAGCAAGAUGUUUGAGAUCCUGUUUCACCGCAACAGCCAGCAUUACACUUUGGACUUUCUUUCACCAAAGACCUUCCAGCAGAUCCUGGAGUAUGCAUACACUGCCACACUUCAGGCCAAAAUGGAAGACCUGGACGACUUGCUGUACGCAGCAGAGAUACUAGAAAUUGAGUACCUAGAGGAGCAAUGCCUCAAGAUCCUGGAGACCAUUCAGUCCUCGGACGACAACGACACAGAGGUCAACAUGAAUGAUGGAGCCACAGAGGAAAGCGACGAGCGCAAGGGCCGGCAAGGGGGGAAGAAUGCCAGAAAGCAUUCAGUGGAGGGGAGCUACCUUUCAGCUGGCCAGCAAGCUUCGUCCCUGCCCGACAUGGUGGACCAGAGUCCCUCUGUCUCCACAUCCUUUGGCCUCUCCACCAUGAGCCCAACCAAAGCUGCUGUGGACAGCCUGAUGAGCAUUGGCCAGUCCCUUCUGCAGCAGGGCUUUGGCGGUGAGCACUUGACUCAUGGCAACUCCCACAACCAACUGAUGUCUGAAAUCAAGACGGAAAUGAUGCAAGUGGACGAAGGCGGCGGCCACGAGAGCCCCAGAACCAUGGAGUCCAGUGCCUCCAGCAAUGGCGAGAGGGCUGGCGAGUUGGACAAGAAUCGUGAUGGCCCUGGGACCCCAACCAGGAGCAGUGUGAUCACGAGUGCCCGGGAGUUGCACUAUGUCCGGGAGGAUGGUAUGGGCGACCCACAAGCAGAUGGCAGCCAAAUGGGUCUUGAAGCAAUGGCAGGCAUGACAGGCAUGACUGAAAAACACCUGGCCUCCCUGUAUUCUCUCCCUCCUAAUCAUAAAAAUGAGACCAUGCUAUCCAUGCCAGCCUCCAUGGCCUCGUCUCUCCAUAUGUCCCCUGCCCUGGCCAUGUCCAUGGACUUCAGUGCCUACGGAGGACUUCUGCCCCAGAGCUUCAUCCAGAGAGAGUUCUUCAACAAGCUAGGGGAGCUAGCUGCCGGCAUGAAACCAGACGGCAGGAGCCAGCAUGAACGCUGCAACGUGUGUGGUGCAGAGCUACCAGACAACGAAGCCGUGGAGCAACACCGGAAGCUGCACAGUGGAAUGAAGACAUACGGCUGUGAGCUGUGUGGGAAACGCUUCCUGGACAGUCUCCGCCUUAGGAUGCACUUGCUGUCUCACUCCGCUGGUGAAAAGGCCAUUGUCUGUGACCAGUGUGGAGCCCAGUUCCAGAAUGAGGAAGCUCUAGAGGCUCACAGACAGAUCCACACAGGAUCAGACAUGGCCAUCUUCUGCCUGCUGUGUGGGAAGCGCUUCCAGACCCAGCCGGCUCUCCAGCAGCACAUGGAGGUCCACGCCGGCGUGCGCAGCUACAUCUGCAGCGAAUGCAACCGCACCUUCCCAAGCCACACGGCACUCAAACGCCACCUGCGCUCGCACACAGCAGGUGACCAUCCGUUUGAGUGUGAGUUCUGCGGGAGCUGCUUCCGUGACGAGAGCACUCUGAAGGGCCACAAGCGCAUCCACAUCGGGGAGAAGCCCUAUGAAUGUAACGGCUGUGGGAAGAAGUUCAGCCUCAAGCACCAGCUGGAGACUCACUAUCGUGUGCACACAGGUGAGAAGCCGUUUGAGUGCAAGCUGUGCCAUCAGCGUUCCAGGGACUACUCUGCCAUGAUCAAACAUCUGCGCACCCACAACGGAGCCUCGCCCUACCAGUGCACCAUCUGCCUGGAGUACUGCCCCAGCCUCUCGGCCAUGCAGAAGCACAUGAAGGGCCACAAGCCCGAAGACAUUCCCCCCGACUGGAGGAUAGAGAAGACCUACCUGUACCUCUGCUACGUCUGAGUCACCUAGACGGCAGCCAGGGGUGGGGGGGGAGGGGGGACAGGAAAAGGAGGUGGAGGAUGAGGGGGCCGGACGAAAGGAAGAGGGAGAGGCCGAAAGCAGAGAGCGAGAGUUAGGAGGACGAGAGCUGGGGAGGGGAGGAAGUCAUGCGAAGGAUUCCAGGAAACAGAAGCACAGGGGUUUUUGGAAGGACAGGAGGACAAGAAGGGUUAUGAUGAGGAGCAGGACCGUCUCCUUUCAAAAUCCACACCUCCUUCAGUACAUACAUACACCUUUUGUUUCAACUUGUUGUCAUACUGCCGAGAGCAGAAGCCCUGGGUGCAGAAGUUGUGAUGGAGUUGGUUGUCCUUAAGUCUUCCCACACACACAACACCCAAGCUGCACCCCAAGGCCUGAAGUGAUUCUCAAAGGCUAUCUGAACCCACACAUCUAAUCUUGUUGAUCACUGGUUGGGAUAUAUAAUACAGAUAUAGCAAAUAUAGCUUUGUCACCCUCACCUUCUCUGGUAUGGGAUUGUAUUCUACCGUAACUUCCUCUAAUUUCAGAAAGCGACUUUUGGAUUAUUCUGCCUACUGAGCAAUAUUCUGCUCAAAGAACGUUACAAUUGGUCAAUACCAUUGAUUAACAGAACGUUCCAAAACCCACUUUCAGACCUGGUGGCCCAGAGCACUUAGAGCCCCUACAGUGGUGUUGUGUCCUUCAGGUAGCCCCUGAGAAUCGCAGCUUUGGUGGCGUGACAGCCAGUACCAUGUCAAAAUGGCUCCAUGUUUUCUACAGCAUCAGCAGAAGCAGAGUUCCAUUUGGUUGGGGCGUGACGCCGUUGCACCCCGGCAGAUGGUUGUCUUCUGUUCUCAAGGGAGAUGAAGUGAGGGUGACACUGAGAGAACUGGAUGGUGACCUCCCUCUCGUCCGGGUGAGCUUCCGCGGUUCUGUUGGUUAAGGGCUGAAAAUGGCUGAGGCUCUGGUCAGGUUUCACCAGAGUCUCUCGACUGUCCGACCAUAACUGUCCCUUUUCCCCUUCUCGUUUUCUGUGGCUCUGCAUCAUAGUUUAUCAUAGCUUCAUUGCACAGGUGAAGACGUUACGAUGACAGUCUCUGUUGGAUGUUUCUAUCAGAUGUAUUUGAGGAGCCGCCAUUCUCUUAUCUCUUAAACCAUAAGUCUCUAUACAGCACUAACUGGAGAUGUUUCAUUUCUUUCCACUAUAGAUAUGGGACUGGUAUUAAUAUAAAUGAAACCAGAUCAUCAUUACUUACACCAAGAUUUAGUACAUGGACAAACUCAUAACAUUCUCUUUUGACAUAUUAAUAAUCUCAAUCUCUAAAUGCCAUUGUGAUGGAGACCAAAAUUACAAAGGCUGCUGUGGAUUGGGGAAGUGUGCUGUGACAUGGGGGAAUAAAACCAGCAAGACCUCCGACGGUGGUCAUAAUGCCUUCGUAAUGUGAUUAUAAGGAGAUAUGGCACUUGUUGUAACAGGUCAUACUGUUAUGUCACGUGAAACCAUGAAUGUGAUGCCAGAUGGAAAACUGUGAUUCAUGCGUAAUUGUAACAGUGGUAUAUCAGUUGUCAUAACUGUAACAUAUGUUGUCAUUAGUUGUUGAUUUGUCGUAUCCUGUUAUGACACAGAUUAUAUCUGUUCAUAUGGCAGCAUAAUGAAGGCAUUAUGAGCACCAUUGUCAGUUUAGUGUUACCAGGGUGAUUAGUAGGGGAGGGGGUGGGGAGCUAAACUGAUUGGACGCGACAUGGCUUGCCGAGCCCAUGGGGCGGCCAGUAAGAAGACAGACUAAAUCAGCUCUUUAUAUAUGGUUUUGUUCCUUGGCUUUUUCUUUGUUUCCUAUUAUAUCUGACUUAUCUCAGCACAUUGUACUUGAAUUACCUCUUUUUUUUGUGACCUCAUGUGCUUGUUUUUAUUUCCCUUUAGUUUAUAUGUACAUUUUCUUUCCUUACAUUUUUUUGGUGUGUCCGAAAGCUGCAUUAUUGCGCGGGGGAGAUCUGACAAAGCAUUGUGUACGCGAAAAUUAAGUGCCACAGUGAAAAUAUAUUUUUAUUGUUGUGUAUUUUUGUGCAUUAUUGUUACCAAACUUGGUAUUUUUUUAUUAACACUGCUUGUUGAAGAGCUGGUGGGUUCAGUCAUUGUUCUAAAAGCUACCUCUGUUGUUUUCGUUUUAAUUUUUGCAAAAGAACAUUAUUUUGUGUAUGUUUGUGUUUUGCAUUAUUGCAUCAUUGCAACUUCAUCUCAUGCUACAAGUGUUGACUGUUUCAUGUCUGUUCAUAUGUGUAAGCAACAUUUAUAUAAAGGGUAAGAGAUGGUAGAGAUUGAUAGGAAAAGUGACAAAUAAAACAAAUGUUUAUUCUGCUCUUACAGUAACCCCCCCCUCGCCCUCGCCCCACCCAACAGCAACCUUAAGAGCAGAGACGAAACUCUGAAGCCUUAAGUAUGAGGGAAGAGGGAUAGACACAGUAGAAGAAGUAAUAGUACUUUUAGGAGAGUAAAAAAAAAAAAAGAAGCAUUAAACUUGAAAAUAGGUGUAUAGAAUUGUAGUUUUGUAAUGUGAAAAAAGAAACACGGUUCACCAAUGCUGAACCGCCAAGAACAGGUCAUUUAUGCAGCGAUGCAGUGUGCGUUGGACAAUUGGGACUGCAAGUGGUAUCAAAGAAUAAAGGAAGGUUAGAAAAAAAGAGAUCCUCUUGGUCGAGUUCUCUCUAAAUGAGUGUAUUCCUGAACAAGAACCAACAGAGGCUGUUUGAUAUAUAAAAAUUGUGAUAUUUUUGUAUUCAGUGUCAGUCCCUUUCCAUUUGUCGAGGGUUUCAGCAGGGCAAAUAUUUGUAUUUUUUUGUUUAUUACCUAGUUUUUUCUCUGGUUUUGAAUCUUUUGCCUUGCUCCUCUUUGGUAAUGUUGGAUGUGUGUGUGUGUGUGUGUGUGUGUGGGUGGAUGUGUGUGUGUGACUGUAAGUGUUGCUUUCUGGAUGUCAAUGCAUUGUAGGUGAAGGACUAAAUCUAUCUGCCACAAAGUUGCGUGUGAAAAAAAUAAAAUAAUUACAAAAUGGAUGGCAGGGAUGCUGCCAUCACUGAAUUAGUACAUGUCAGUCAUAAUUUUCAAUCAACUUGUAUUGCCAAUAUUUAGUUUUUGUACUUGAAGUGACUAAAAGAAAUGAAGGGAUGGCAUGAACAUGGUGGAAGUAGCCCAUGGCUGUCUUGUCAUUGUAUUCUUGAACACUGUGAGCUGAGGGAUUUCCCUCAUUCAAUAUUCAUUCACUAUAAUAACUUCAGUCACCAAUUCAGAGUGGCAGGCCAGAGAGCCUGAAACCAUCACACUUAAAUAACUUGAGGUAUUCUGUCCCAUACUCCUAUCAGCGUUCUCUGAAUGUUUUAUACUUUUUUGUGUGAGUGUGCGCAUAAAUGAAAGUGUGUAUCUGUGUGUGCAGAAUGUGUGCCUGUUUUAGUGAAAAAUGCACUAAUCACAUCAGACACAAAAUGAAAAAAAAAAAACAAUGCUCUAUGCCACUUUUCUCUCAACAUGUUAAAAAAAAAUUGGCAUUGAUAUAGUUCUUCCCUCAAUGUUACUCUGUUUCUGUAAUAUCUUUGUGCCUAAAAUGGAAAUUGUUCAACAAAGAUGUCCAUCUGUAUCUGCUUAGUUUCUGUACUUUCAGAAGAUAAUAAAUGGUGUCUCCAGCACUCUAGGGAUGUCAUGGCGAUUUUGAGAUGACCUGAUUUCUGAUUUAGAAUUAAAAAAAGAGUUGUUGUAUGUGUCUGCAUUAGCCUACAAUUGGUAGUAGGUUAGGGUUUUGAUUCUCUUAUUGUUAAUAUGUAACUGACACCCAAAUAUUAAUUUGCCUCGCAAAACCAAGGAAGAAAAACUUUCACAAAUUCACACUACGGAGCUUGACAGCAUAAAGCACAAAGGUGAUAAAAUAUUCACGGGCCAUGGAAUUUGUAUGCAUUGUGCUUUUUCAAUCUGUUUUGAAGACUGAUACCUGUAAAAAAAAAUUUAAUAUGUACAGGGGAUAAUAUUUUGAUGUCAGCAACAGGUUUGCUGAGCAGUUAAAGUCCUUACAAUCUUCACUUUGGCAGUUUGUCAAACCCACAGCAUUGCCCCAGAUUAACAUUGCGACUUUUUGGUGAAGUACUUUUUUAAUUUUUUUAUGUACAUUUAGAUUGAGAUAAAAAAAGAUGAGCCAUACGACAUCAUGACAUCCCUGGAGUAGGCACUCUGUGUUUCAGUGUGGUGUUAUAGAACGAGUAGCCAUUUCAUGCAGUGUUGCCAUGCAUGUGCCAUUGAGGUCUAGACUAAACUGUUGGAGUAAAAAAAGCACCAAGACAUUGUCUUUUUUAUAUUAGCACUGAGGACCAAUUGCCCUGUCGGACCAAGCGUAACAAAGCUUUUUAUGUUACAGUUAUGUAACAAAGCUUUUUAUGUUACAGUUAUGUAACAAAGCUUUUCUCUCUGUCUUUUUCUCUGGCUCGUCUGUGACUUUGUUUCCUUCUUCCUUGUUGUGACAGCACAAGUGCCAGUCAAGUUGCUCGGUAUUAAGAAAAUAGUGUUUUUAUUAUGAUUUAAUUUGAUAUAGUUUUCGUCUACCUCAGCACCUAAUCUUAGCCUAAUCUUAGAAGGUGCCCAAUUAUUAUUUUAUUUUUCUCUGUUGUUAUUUGUAAAAAAAAAAAAUUUAAAAAGAUUUGAUUUGCUUUAGAGCUUUGCAAAGGUCCUUUGUCUUUUCCAGCAAAGUGCUACGUGUCUGUGGCCCUGCUUCCCAUAUGUGAGUUGUGCCACAGAUCCCAGCAUCUGUCUGUUGAUUUAGAGGUUGUUAUUUUUCUUUCCGUGUAGGAUCAGACACAUCUCUUUGUAACAUUUCAGUGUUCUCUGAUGGAGUGUGAAAUUAAAAUAAAAUAAAUAAACAAGAUUAAAUGCU